AUGUCUUACGACAACGGCAUCAGAGUCCACGGAAAAGGGGUGUACAUGCUUCUCCGCAAAACCACGCCGUCCCCCGGAGACUCCCCGUACCAUUGGGAGAUCCUCAUAGCCACCAGCGACAAGACCGGCACCGUCUUCCACCAGAUAUACAACCGCGACGCCGACGCGUGGGCGCUCUCCGUCGAGUCGUCCAAGAACAUCACCACCGCCCCGGACCUGCUGUGCGCCCUGAAGCUGGGCGUCGUGGAGGACUGCUCGGGCACCUGGAUGAGCGCCAUCGAGGCCUGUGUGCGCCAGACAGAGGUCAAGGGCGAGUUCACCUGUCGCACCUGGGCGCUGGCAGCCGCCUUUGAGCUGGCGGACGGAGGCUUCAUUGGCAUGGAGCCCAGCUGGGAGCAGAUCGCGAAAAUAGAGGCUGAGGCAAAGGUGUUGGCGGGCGAUGCGUGUUUCGGAGGCACGGCCAGGGUCGAUACGAGCCUUGCCAGCAGGCCAUGA